UUUCCCCCAAUCGUUAAUUAUAGUAUUAAUCCCAAUUCCCCAAACGCCAUUUUCUUCCCAUUUAAUUGCUCAUUAUUUCAGCAUUCCAUUCCCUCUCAAGAAAAUUUGCGAAAAAAGAUUCUUCUUUUAUAUGAGAGGAGAGAGAGAAUGAGGAAACUGGUUAUAUAUACAACCAGCCCUUUGUCGACGACGAUUGCCCGUUUAAAGGAAAUCAAAUUCCCCCUGUUUUCUCUCUCCAAAAUUGUGUCUUUUUUCACCAUUAUUAUUUAAUUUUGUAUAAACUUUUUUUUUCUUUUCUCUUCGCUUAUUUAUGAUCACGAUUUUUGGUGUGGAAGAGGCAUUUGUACAGAGAGAGGGAGAGAUUUUGAGAAAGAAAAAAGGAUUUUUGGGCUCUCUUCUCUCUCUUCUUUUGCUGUUGUUACCAGCCUGCACUUUUGAGCAUGUCGAGAGUCCGGUGGUCAUUUCUAGGGCUCGAUUUGAGGGCCUUGCUCUUCCUAUGUCUAGUCAUUCCCUCCGGCAUAAUUGGCAUAUACCUCCACGGCCAAAAGAUAACCUAUUUCCUCCGGCCGUUGUGGGAGUCCCCUCCGAAGCCCUUCAUAACCUUAACUCACUACUACCACGAGAAUGUGUCGAUGGAGACUCUAUGCAGGCUUCACGGGUGGGGCGUUCGGGACUUCCCUAGGCGCGUCUAUGAUGCUGUCCUCUUCAGCAACGAGGUCGACAUGCUCAAGAUCCGGUGGAAGGAGAUGCAUCCUUACAUAUCACAAUUUGUGCUGCUCGAGUCGAACUCCACCUUCACAGCCCUCCCGAAGCCCCUCAACUUUGACUUGAACCGGGACAAGUUCAAAUUCGUUAAGCCUAGGCUGACUUAUGGCAUGAUUGGUGGGAGGUUCAAGAAAGGCGAGAACCCCUUCAUUGAGGAGGCAUACCAGAGGCUGGCCCUAGACCAGCUGCUGAGGAUUGCUGGGAUAGAAGACGACGACCUCCUUGUCAUGUCGGACGUUGAUGAGAUCCCUAGCAGGCACACCAUAGAUCUACUGAGAUGGUGUGACAACAUUCCUCCGGUUCUCCACCUCCAGUUGAAGAAUUAUGUCUACUCGUUCGAGUUCUUGUAUGAUCUCCGGAGCUGGAGGGCCUCAGUCCAUAGGUACCAAAGGGGGAAGACGAGGUAUGCUCAUUACCGCCAAGGGGACCUCCUCUUGGCGGACUCUGGGUGGCACUGCAGCUUCUGCUUUCGUUACAUAAGCGAUUUCGUGUUCAAGAUGAAGGCUUAUAGCCACACGGAUCGAGUGAGAUUCUCUCACUUCCUCAGCCCCAGAAGGAUUCAAGAACUGAUAUGCAAAGGUGCUGAUUUGUAUGAUAUGCUACCGGAGGAGUACACGUUUAGAGAGAUCAUCGGGAAAAUGGGCCCGAUUCCUCACUCUUACUCAGCUGUUCAUCUCCCCGCGUUCCUGCUGGAGAAUGCAGACGAGUACAAGUACCUUUUGCCCGGGAACUGCAUAAGGGAGAGUGGUUGAGGGUGGAAGCCUCGGAUUCUUGAAGAGGGCGAGCACUGACUGUGCAACGGGGCAAGGGAGACGAGAAGGGGACUAGUGUAGGUGGAUGAUCUUUAGAGAAGAGCUAGACAUAUCCAUCUUUGCUCCGAUUUGGAAGACCUCUCUCGUUUAACGAUGUGGCCGGAUUCGGGCUGUGGAUGGUGUGGUUUGCUUGCUUUCAUCAACGAUGUUUCUGUUCAUUUGUUUUAUUGAAUUUUUUAUGCUUACAUUGUAGAGUGAGUCUAUUUAUCAAGGCAUGAUAUUUUACCUUGGCCUAGGAUUUCUGAUAUGCAAAUAAAGUUGGUGGCUGCUCCUCUACUUUUCUUUUA